ACCAUAAAUAAAUUGUUUUUUUAACACCGAUUUGGUAAAAGAAAUCGCCGGAGAGGGGGGCGGCGAGGGCAUUUACAGAUACAUCAUUCCAUUCAAUCCAAUUUCAAUGUGAUUUGCCUUUGCCGGAGGAAAAAACAUGUGGGAAUCGAUCUGUUUAACGUUGGCAGCUACUGCCGGUAACAACAUCGGCAAAGUUCUGCAGAAGAAGGGCACCGUCAUCCUCCCUCCUCUCUCUUUCAAGCUCAAGGUGAUUCGAGCAUAUGCAGUUAAUAAGGCUUGGGCGAUUGGUUUUCUGAUGGAUAUUUUUGGUGCCAUUUUGAUGUUAAAGGCAUUAUCUCUAGCUCCUGUAUCUGUUAUACAACCAGUUUCUGGCUGUGGACUCGCCAUUCUUUCUAUCUUUUCCCACUUUUAUCUGAAGGAAGUCAUGAAUCCUAUUGACUGGAUAGGAAUUACUUUGGCUGGUAUUGGCACCAUAGGAGUUGGAGCUGGUGGAGAGGAGCAAGAGGCUUCUGUAAUAUCUAUUUUACAGUUACCAUGGCUGGCAUUUUCUGUCGUAAUCUUGUUUGUACUGCUAAAUGGGUGGCUUCGUAUCUGCAGGCAUCAACGGAGAGAGCAGGAAAUGAUGGAGUAUGAAGUUGUUGAAGAAAUUAUAUAUGGCUUGGAAUCAGGGAUUUUGUUUGGCAUGGCGUCAGUAAUAUCAAAAAUGGGUUUCAUCUUGGUGGAGCAGGGUUCUUCUAGGUUGUGGAUUCCUAUAUGUAUAUCACUCAGUAUAUGCUGUAGUGGCACAGGAUUUUACUAUCAGACAUGGGGCCUAAAGCAUGGAAGAGCAAUAAUUGUGUCUACUUGUGCUGCUGUGGCAUCAAUUUUGACUGGUGUACUUGCUGGUAUGCUUGCUUUGGGAGAACAAUUGCCUUCGGCACCAGCUGCUCGUUUUUCACUUCUACUUGGAUGGUAAUGAAGCACAACCUAAACUUUAAACUUAUGCGAUGGUAGGAAACCCUUGUUUUCAACAUAUGGCUUGAAAGCUGGGUUUUUUAUCAUCAUGCUGAAAGCUUGAAAAGCCCAGGCGCAAAAUUGAGAUAUGUAUGUCUAGGAAAGUUUGGAUUAUUGGGAUUUGGUCAUGCAACCUUGACGGUGUUCUUUUUGUUUGAGAUUGAUAGUUGUUAAAAGAGUUAGUCCAAAAUAAUGUGUUUGUUUGCUGAAUGAUAGUAGAGGCUCUCGUAGCUCUUUGAGAAUCCAAUUUCUGAAAACUUUACACUGAACCGUUAUUCACCUCAAAAUAUUUGCUGCUGCAGGCUACUUAUCUUGUUAGGUGUGAUCUUACUUGUGAGUUCAACACGACUGAUACGAUACUGUCCAUGGCCACUGCAGCGAUUAAUGUCAAGUUCUGUUGAUAAGAGUUACAGUCUCAGGCACCGUACCAAAGAUUCAAAUCCAAGCGCUGUUAUCCAUGCAGCAACAUUACAUCAUCUGAUAACAACUCCAUCUAAGGAAAAGGCUUGAAUUGGGAAAACAUCUGGAGGCUCCACAUGGAAUAGAAGCAAUUUCUGAUUUAAAUCAGGCCUUUCUGAAGGGUGAGAUGCUGUACAGUAGCGGUGUUUGGAGGGCAUGAGAUUUUUUAGAUCAGUCCUUCAGUGGGGGUGGUUUACACAUUCAUUGUGAAAAUCUUGUGCAAGAGUAAGAUCCUUAAAAUGUGUGUCGUAGUGGAUUUUUGGUGGGUAUAAACUUAAAAUGAAGGUUAACGGGGCAAUUUCCCCAAGAUUAGGCUUUGAAAUACGAAUUAUGGGGGAAAGCUUACAUGUUCCCCUUAUAGGGCCCCUUAUACUGAUUCCAUCUCUGUAGAAGAUGUUAAGCAAACUAUUUACUGAAUUGAGUUUUGCAUUC